GACACGGGAGAACAUGCAAACUCUGCACAGAAGGCCCCCGCUGCUCUCAGACAGGGUAGGAGAACUGUGUGUUAAAAAUGUAGGAAAACCACAGUGAAAGACAUGUAGGAAAAGAACAGUGGCCAACAUGUAGAAAAACUACCGUGGACAACGUAUAAAAGAAUCACAGUGGCUGAUAUGUAGGAGAAAUAAGUAGCCUAUUUGUAGGAGAACUAUGGUGGCCGACGUGUUAGAGAUCUGUGGUUGCAGAUGUUAAAAUGUGAAAGUCCCUGUCUAGAGUCAGUGUUUGAUUUUUCUGGUGUGAACUACAGGAGAAAAACACAGAAGAGGAGCAGCUCCAUAAAGAAAACCCACUGUUUUUUUUUUCUUCAGGGGCCGGUUGCACGCCUGGUCUUAAGCUAAGUCGGUCUUAACUUGGCAUUCUAAGUCCGACCUGACAGUUACGCCGGUUGCACGAACAGGGCUUAUGCCUUCUCCUGGUAAGACUGGUCGUAAAUCUUGCGCCUUCAGGAGGAGACUUAAAGUUAGAAUCGAGGCCAUCGCUAUUGCAACAACAUUAGACAUUUCAAUCUAAAACUGUUAAUGGCGGCUCGCCUCAUCUACGACUGUAUGGCGAGCAGGCAUUUAGACGGGAGAGAGUUAUACGGGACCGAAGAAAUCCACUGGACAUAUACAGCGAUGAGGAUCUGAGAGCCCAGAGCUGUCACCGGACCUGCCGUUUGUGUCGGACCGCAACGCAGCACUGUCGCCAACGCUGCAGCACUUCGUUUUUAUGAAAACAGUGCUUUUCAAAACAAUGUCGGAGACAUCUGCAGAGCGUCACUGAGCCGCCGCCCUCCACAGUGUAUUGAUUAGGCAUCAUUUCUGCCAGUCUUCUGGCAUCCCUGACUGAUGUCCCCCUCAUAUCGCUGUAGACGGAUGUUUUCGGGAGAGGACCCUCACCAGUUGGGUGAUUUUUUUUCAUGGACUCAUCUUUCUUCGUCUUGCUGAGAAGAUCCUUCCUCUUCUUUCUCACAUCCAACCCAGAGCGAAGGCAGCCCGAGUCCCACAGUCAUUUACUGCGUCCGCUGUAGUUUUCCAACAUAACUGUUUUUUCUUAUUUGUGAUUAUGUUGGACCACUUGGCAGUCAGCAUUGUCCUGUACAGGCUAUACAAUUCAGUCAAUUCUCUAAUUUCAAUGUCGGUGAAAUUUCCUUUCCGUUUCCUUUUGAUCUUCCAUUGCUGCAGCAAGAUGAGCGAAACUAAGACAGCGAGAGACUUAACAGCGUAUCCCAGCAACGCACGCUGCUAGGCUGUAGCCAUAGUGACGUGACCGCGUGUAGUUAAGACUAAGCUUGUGUUCUGUUGGUGGAGUCCUUUAAGACUGGACUUAGAUAAGACAGACUCAGGAGUUAAGACCAGUCUUAGUUAAGCCCCAGGUGAUUAUUAAUGAGUGAAAACAGGUUUGAAUCUUAAAUUUCUGUCACUAGGCGCCCCUAAAUCACUCUAACCUUCAAAACUCAAAACGACCAAAAGGAUUUAAAAAGACCCAAUCAGCUGAUCUCUCACAGAGACAGAGUUGUUGACUGUCUUCAUUACAUAAACUGCAGCCAUUUCAAGGCCACUAUGUUCACUAUGUGUGUUAUGUGAGACCCCCCCACCCCUUCCCGUCCCCACUCCAAAAACAAACGUCCACACAUGGAGCUGCAGUGACGAAGGACAGGCUAUAAAAGAGUGUCUGUGCUGAGGACGGGGGUUUGACUGAGAGACAGUUUGUGUCUGAACAGGAUCAGUCGGGGACUCCGUCUCCUACAGACCAGGUGUGUCUCGUGUCUCCUUCGGGACAAGUGUGUCUCGUGUCUCCUUCAGGACAGGUGUGUGUCUCUCUGGGUGUCUCGUCAUGCCGUGGCUGCUGUCCUCUCAGUCGGAGCGUCUGUCUUCGUCUCCAUCUGAGCGUCAGUGCGAGCGGACGUCGUUCUCCUUCUACUGUGCUGUGCGGGAGCAGCUGCCGGUCUGGCUGCUGGAGGACAUGCGCAGUAUGGAGGUCUUCAGUUGGGAGGACGGACACCCACGCGCCUUCCUGCCGUCCGAGGCGCUGCUGUACGCACUGAUACAUGACCACCAGGACUACGCACGCUAUCUGCUCGACAAGUACUCUCUGAGCGCGCUCAGACCGCCACGCUGCAGCUUCUGCUGCUGCCGCAGUAGCGGCGCUCAGCACCUGACCAUGGCGGUGCGCUACGACCGCGUGUCGAUCCUCGGCAUGAUGGUGGAGACUCUGAAGGACUGCGACUCACAGAGCGCGCAGCGGGACUACUUGGAUAGCUGCGGCGGCUGCUCACACGUGGCGGAUGCAGGGAAGACGGCGGUGCAGCUGGCGGUGGAGCUGUCGCGGCCCGAGUGUCUGCUGCUGCUGUUGGUUCACGGCGCGCCGCCUGCCGGACUCGACAGUGCGCUGCAGCGACUCGUCUCCUCCGAAGAGAUGGACCGCCGCCAUGCACAGCGCUGCCUUGACUUCCUGCUGCUCUUCCUGCCUGAGCCGCCGACGUUGCGCUGCCUACGGGAUGAGCCGCAUCGCUGGCAAAGCCUGCUGGGAAAAGAAGUGUUCAGCUGGCUGUGCGGUCUGGCCCCACCCCCUCUCUUGCUGCAGGCGCUCAGGUGUUUGGCUCGAUCCGGCCCCGCCCAGAUCAGCGCCUUGCCGAACUUCCUGCAGCCGCACAGCUGGCAGUGACAUCAUCUGUCACCGUGGAAACACUGCAGGACUGCUGCGAUUGGACGGUACAUUGAUGAUGUAAAUAAAAUAUAAAUAAAGACUGAAAAAAACUGAUCAACGAUCAGUUGAUCGGUGAUCAAUACGGCUGAAGAGGACACUCUUCUGCUUUCUGUCAGAUAAAAACAGGACAAUAACUGUGGAGGUCGUCUCUCAGUGGGGGACACCAAACAUCCCAUCAUCUCAGCUGAUCUGAGGACAAACAGCUGAUCUGAGGACACACGGCUGGUCUGAGGACACACGGCUGAUCUGAGGACAGACGGCUGAUGUGAGGACAGAUGGCUGAUGUGAGGACAGACAGCUGAUCUGAGGACACACGGCUGAUCUAAGGACAGACGGCUGAUCUGAGGAC